CCAACCUCUGCUUCCCCAAUUUCAUCUGAGAUUCUCGCCCAACUGGGUCCUAUAUAUGGAAUCAAAUCUCUUUUAUCUAUGAUUUCAAUUUCGGUAUUGCAAAUCCCAAUUUUGGCACAAUUGGUCGGCAAUUGGCAGGCUCGGGUCUCCGUCCAACCACUCAUAAAUCCAAGUAAGCUUAGCAGGAAUUUGAUGGCAAUUGCUUGGUUCAGGUGUACAGUGUUCAGGCUUGCAUCUCAAAGACUCCAACAUUACUUUGAAAUACUGAAUUUGUCCAGACUGGAGCUUUUCAAGCUACUCACAUAUUGAUAAUUGCAUAACAGAUAAUAGGUCCUGUGGGGUUUCAAACUCAUUUGUCAAUCACAGAGUUGAUGGAACUCCUGUAUGCAUUCCGGUUGCUCAACCAAAAAUUGUCCGAAUCUUAGGACCUUCCAAGAAUAAUUCUGCUAAAAAAUGUGGUUCCACCAUUUCAACUAAAUAAAGUCCAGUAAUCAACCUCAAAGGUUGCUUUGUACUGUCUACUACUGUAAAAGAUGUGAGAAGUGAUGAUGCGUGUAGAGGCCUACAUGAUCUGGCUACCUAGUAUUCUGCUGAUAAAGUAAAAAUAUUCCACACUUGCCUUCUGAUAAAACGAAAGGCCAGAGUGACAAAAGCUUUUCUUGAGAUGGACCUAUAUGUGAUGAUCUGGUGAAGCAGUUGAAGAAGGGUGCACUGAUGAUGAUGCUAAUGGUGUUAAUUUUAAGAUAGUUUCUGAUGGUGAAAGGCAACGGGAAAAGGAGUGUGGAGAGUAGGCCUCCUCCAGCUAAGAAGUCUCACUGCUAAUAAUCUGGGAAGCAAAGAAGGAAACAGGACAGAGGGGAAGCACCCUCAAAGUGAAAAUAUACAGGAUACUUUCCUUGGGUUGCCAGCACUCUGCAAGUGGCAGAAUCAGGCACACUCUCACGUGAAGCAUCUUACUCAUGGCACCUUUGAACACUGAACAAUCAAAAAGACAACCAGGGAAAGCAACAAGGCAAUAUCUUAUCAUUCUUGGAGACAGUUAACCUGGGCAGAAUGAAGUUUCUGCUCUUCCUAGCCAUCAUCCUUCACUGGAUUUCGUUCUUUCUUUUGGUUAGACAAUAUUAAUUCAUAUUCAUCUAUACAAUUUCUAUGUUUUAAUGGGAAGUCCAAACUCCAAAGUAAGCUAUUUGCCUCCGGAUUUCCACCUUCCUUUGCUAGGAUGCAGUUUGAAACUGCUUUUGUAAAUAACCUCCUUUAUGAAUAUUACUGGAUAAGCUUGAAAUUCUCCACCUAUGUUCCAUGCCAAGCUUGCAAGUACUUGUAAGCGUGGAUAAUCUUACAGGGCUGGAAAUCGUCUACCUGUCUCACAACCAUCUUAACGGUGAAAUUCCGAUGUCGUUGGCAUCGCUGCCUCUGCUUAAUGACAUCGAUCUCUCAAACAACAGUCUCAGCGGCCCAAUGCCACAGACGAAGCAGCUCUGGUCAUUUCCGGUAUCUAGAUUCGAGAACAAUUCGGGGCUGUGCGGACACCAGUUGCAGGCUUGUGUGGACACCAGUUACAAGCUUCUGUAGCUUCGGAGGAUCCUUCUGAGGCGGAGGAAUUGGAGUGGUGGUUCUGGUUUGUUGUUGCGAUAGGGUUCAUCUCUGGGGUCGUGUGUGGAAUAUCUCUCGCAGAAUUUUGGUCUAGAAGAAUUGAAUAUCUGUUAAGGGAUGUCAUGAUUCUGAUGCAAUCGAAGAGGAAGACACUGUUGAAGAAAUGCAGUUAAAGACA